AUGUGCAGAAUACCUUUUGGAUCCAACAAUGGUCCCGUGUCUUUUGGCGAACUCGUUGCUAAUGGCGAUAUUUCUGAUUCUCACAUUAACAAAACUGAUAACGACAAGGAAGAAGCACUUGAAGAUCAUCAUCUCCGUUUAUCCAGGACUGGAAGAAAACACGAACCGGCUUGGUACUUAGGUAAAAUUAACAAAUUGUGCAAGGAUGGAGCCACUCAGGAAGCGACGGAGCUAUUUUUCCACAAGAUGUUGACAGUCGAUCGCGUUAUGCCUGACAGGAAUAUCAUUCAUGUUCUCUUGAGCGGUUUGGCCGCUGUAGGUGACAGCGAAACCGCCUUUAAGGUGUAUCGAAAAAUGACGGAAAUCGGAAUCGCAGCAACCAACUCUACAUAUUCUCGACUAUUUAGAGCAUGUACAGAAGAUAUUGCCGCUUGGCAACGUGAGCACCGCUAUGACUUCAAUUUGUCUAACUCGACCAGCGAAAAAAGUUGGCAACCUGACCUAGCUUUGUUCGCUGGACCGGCGUUGAAUCGUGUGAAGGGACUUUGGCUCCGUUUACAUGAACGUGGGUUUCGGAUGAAUCGAAUUACCUACAACGCACUUUUGCAAGCUCUGGGCAAAGCUGGUGACCUCCACACCUGCUUUCAGGCCCUCGAUGCAAUGCUUUUGGGACGGGGUGGACUCCCUCCAUCCAUUCUUCGGCCGUCCGAAGCGCCUCCUGUACCCUCCACCUGUUCCUCCGAGCCUCUUCCUCCCUUCCGUCCUGAUGAGUAUACUCUAACGGCCGUUCUGACGGCAAUUAAACAGUCCAGUAAAUCCGGCGUCGUCUCCUCCCCUCUCGAUGCCCUUCGGCUUGCUUUGCAUGCGUGGCAUCUUAUCGUUCCCCGCUUGCCCCGUCGCCAGCCAAACCAGCAUCACUUCACCCUUCUGGCGGGUAUUCUGGGGGUGGUGGCACCGAGAACCGGCCGCUACUCCCUCCCCAGUCCUGCAGGCGGAAGUGGGCGUAGUAAAAAGUCGCCAGCAGACACCCACCUCGAGGUAAUUCCUGAAAGUCUCCCCAAGUUGAGGUCACCACAAACCACCGUGAGUCCGCGCGUGUUAGCCUCCGAGCAAGCGGCCAAAGAGCUGUUGAAACGCAUGUCACUCAUUGCGUCAGGUGAAGAGGUGCCAGUGACAUGCACACCCACUGAUACCGAGUCUGCCAUAGUGUGCAAUCCGGAAAAUCGUCAAUCGUCAGCUGCCACCCUCGAACUCGAUUGGAGCGAUCCCAACGUGACCAUACGGAGUCCUGUGAACUUACUGCUGCCGCUACCUCAAGAGGGAGUUCGGCUUCAAUUACCCCCAAAGGAGAUUCUUCCUCAAGGUUCAACUACCCUGGCGCCUUGGCAACGGCUUGCUUUAGUCGGUGGUUUGGAGGGCUUUUUUGAUUGCAUCCAUACGAAUUUCGAAAUCCCUCUUCCGACCGCGGCACCACUUAUCACAAAACUCGUCGCUCUGUUGCCUCCUCCCCAUGCAGAUACCGGACGCGAGUUAGACCAUUACGAAAACUGCAUUUUAACUACUAUGAGAACGAAUAAGGUGGCCCUGGAUCUUCCUAUCUUGAAUACACUCCUUCAGCGAAGAACUAGCCAUGGACUUCCCGUAAACGAGUUGAUGGCGUUGGCGAACCGUGAAGGUCUUUCUCCAGAUGAGUUCACGUGGGCCUGUCUUGCACGAAAUUGUCGCACCACAAAGCACGUUCGUGACUUCCUGAACGCCUACUCAAAGGCUGCCUCGUCCGCCCCACCUCCCACCGAAUCACGCCUCGAUGACGCACCGCGAUGUCGCAAAGCCACUGUGCGUCCCAGCCUCCACGUCUAUGGCGCCCUUUUGGCCUCCACAGCAUUUUGUUGGGACUCCAAGGUCGUCAUUCUCCGCUCCAUGAUGGGCUCCAGCCAGUUGAAUUUGAAGCGAAAGAAAAAGUUGGGCGGCGCGUCGGACCACCAAACCGGCGACUUGCCCAUCCCCUCUGAUCGACGCAUUGUCGCCAACUUGGAGCUGGAAAUCGCCAACUUCCGUGACUUGGUCGCCCGUGGAGUGGUGCCAAAAGAUGGUUCCAGUGUUGGAGCUUGCGCUGAAACUGGUGGUGUGAUCAUCCCACCCUACGCUCUUACCUCUUUCAAAAAAUUCAUCCCGAUUUACAAAGAGUGGGCUCAAAAGUCAAUCGUCGCUGAUCCCCCAACCUCUGCACCCAGCAACUGA